AUGCAAUUGACAAAAUCGCAAGAAACUGUGGUUGAAUUUCCAUAUGAACCUGAAAGUACUUUAAAAAUAAUUGCUGGCCCUGGGUCUGGUAAGACUAUUACGCUAUUACACAGAGUUAAAAAAUUGAUUGAUAGUGGAAUUGCCAAACCUGACGAAAUUUUAAUCCUUUCGUUGACAAACAAGGCUGUUGACAAUAUUUUAGAUAAGUUGCUAGACUUAUUCGAGCAGAAAAAUGGCAACCCAUCGAUUGAAUUUGCUGAAGAAAAUGAUCCAAUUACACGCAUAGUAUCUCAAAUAGGUGUUUAUACAAUUCAUGGGUUGGCAAAUAGGAUAGUUAUUGAGAAUGAGGGACUGCUUGAAAUUAUCGAGGAAAAUGGUUGGAAGGUCUUAAUGAAACUGGUAUCUUCUGAGUUUUGGAAGAACUCAAAACCAACUGCUCGUGAGUUUGAACGUCUUUAUAAUCAGUACAAAAAUUCACCAAAUGGUAAGGACGUCGUAGAAAAAAUAUCAAAGUUAAUGAUUGUAAGUAAAGUCGUUACCAAUAACGAGUUAAUUAUCAGAGCCUCAGAACACUUGCUGUCAUUAGAUAGUUUUGAUGAUUCAAAAAAGGGAAUUGAGUUUACAUCAACAAUAAAAAAUGAUGUGAAGAUUGUCAUGAUUGAUGAAUUCCAAGAUCUUUAUCCUACACUAUUGCCACUCCUAACAUCCAUAUCAAAGGGAAAGAGAUUGGAGAUAUAUGGUGAUACUAACCAAAGCAUCUAUCAAUUUUUAGGGAAUAAUAAAGAAGUGAUUAAGGCAAUAGAUGAAAUACAUCCCCAAGAUAAAUUAGUGACCUUGAAACUAGAUGAUAAUUUUAGAUCUACUCCUGAAAUAACUAACCUUGCUAAUACUAUAGUUAACAAAUAUGGUACCGAUUCUAAUUAUUUGAAGACAGGUUAUUCAAAAUCACCCUCAGGAGUGCAACCACUAGUAAUUCAAACACAGAAUUCCAUUGAAGAGUUGGAUUACAUUAUAGAGAGGAUUGUUGAACUAUCUUGUAGUUCCGUGAAACUUUCAGAUAUUGCUAUUUUAGCAAGAACAAAUGCAAAAUUAGAUAUGAUAAAUAAUUUUAUAUCUGAUUAUGGUAUACCUACUCAGAAACUGUCUGCAUAUCCUGAAUGGGUAGAAAAUCCGUCGAUUAGAUUUCUCAUAGACAUACUGAAAAUAAUAUCAGUGACAUCUAAGCAGAAUAAUGGAGAAAUAAGUUACACAAAUAGAACUAGCGACUUUAAUAUUCUUUCUUUAUUAAGUGAUAUCAAUGGAAUUGGUCAAGAUAGCUUACAAAAACUUCAUAGUGAAUGUUUGUUAAGAAACAUUUCCCUUUGGAAGCAAAUAACUUCAGUUUCCAGUAGUAAUUGGUCGGUUAAUCCCAGCAGUAAGAAGAGAAUAUCAGAAGUAGCUAAAAUUUUAUUACCUCAGGUCGAAUCCUGUACAUUAUCCACAAUUGAAGAACCGUUAGCAUUUUUGGAGACACUGUGCGCUCUGGCCAACCAACUAAAUAGCAAACAGCUUAUAUUUAACUCAGAGAGAGAAAUGAUUAAAUUCCAGAAUAAUUUAGAAGAGUUUUUAAAAGUUUUGAAGCUUUGUAAAUUUAAUCUCCCUGAAGGAGUUACUCUGCUAGAUUGGUUUUUAGAGACAUAUUUGGACCAAAGCUUGGUGUUGCAUAAUAGAUCUUCCCAUAUGGACGAUAAAGAGCAAGGGAAGAUAAAUCUUUCGACUAUUCAUUCGUCAAAGGGAUUAGAGUUUCCAGAUGUGAUGUUGAUUGGAGAUCUUCAAAACAAAUUUCAAUUGAACAUAAUGUUCUAA